GGUCAAUUUGACUCGCAGGACGACACGAGGGUUAAUGCUGCUCAUCUCGUCUCCUGGACCAAACAUACGCCCGCUCUGCUCUGAAUAAUAAGUUACCUGCGGUGAUGAAAGAGGCCUAAUUCAGCACGUCGCAGAGCCGUGAAUUCUGUUUGAGACGGAAUAGUUUGUCUCAACAGAGAGAAUUCAAAGACUGACACACUUUACCACAGCUUAGACCGAUCAAUAGCUGUAAACUGUGCGGCCGUUAGCGACGUGGAGGUGAGAUAAUGGUGUCUCCUUAUCAAUAACCCACUCAUUGAUCACCUCGUCGACCCUUGACCGCCUCGUUUCCCUCUUGAUGUACAGUACAGUACAUCUAAACCCACUUCCACUGUCUCCCGACGCCCUCGUGGCUAUAAUUGGCUCUGUUGGCCGAGCUGGAUAAUGCAUUAUAAAAGCUCCCGGCCCGGCUUAUCCUCUGACAGCGCUUACAGAAUCACACCUCCAUGUCUUUGCAACAUGUUCAGUACAUGCUGAGAGCCUUAGCAGAGCUCAGCUGACGCCCACAGACUGCUGGCAUCCUGCAUGAAAACGGAGAGGAGGAGGAGGAAGAAGAAGGAAGCGCUCCAGAAAGGAGGAAACUUCACCGGGAAGAGUCACAGGAUGAAGCCCAGAUGCCUCCUCUCCAGCGUGGACAGACUUCCCACCAUCAGUGAGCUGCAGGAGAGCGACGUGGAGGACGGAGAGCCCGACUGCUCCUCACAUACCAUGGAGGAGUACGUGGACUCCAUCAAGGAGCUCUCCCAGCCGGCCCUCUACCCGCUGCACGGGCCCCUCAGGGGUCACCGCCGCUGGACGCUGCGCUCGUGCACCACCGUCACACCUGGAUUUUUAAAUUCCCCGCGGACCUCUGUGGACCUAUCGGAUGUGUCGCUGACAUUAACUGAGCAUGCGAACUGUGACACGCCAUCACGGUUUAGGCAAAACCUGCUGGACAUGCUGGUGGCCCAGUCUCCGUUUGCAGGCCUGGUGUGAGCCUCGGCGAGGGUCUGCUCCCGGCCUGGUCGUCCCUACAGCUCAACGUUUCAUGGCUCAUUUAUGUGAGAAGAAACGGAGCUCUGCGCAAGUGAUGCGGUUCCCUUUGAAGUGCUAAAUGAAGGCAACACAUGAAACAAAAGAUGAAAAGAGAAGAAUAUCAAGGGCAGAACAAACAAAUGAGCCGAGACCGCCUGAGGAGUGAGCGAGCUAUGCGGCUGCAAAGGGCCCCUCGGCCACCAGGGGGCCCUCGAAGAAACAAACUGGAUUUCUCUGGGAUUAAAAUCUCGAUUAAAUUCUUAAAUCCAAUAAAUAAUGACUAAAUAUUUGGGCCCCCGGACAUUAAUUCAAAACAUAAACUCUCCUUCAACUAUAUAUCAUAAUUUAAAUACUUAAAGAUACAGUCCCUUAUUUUUGCUAUCAGACUCCUAUGAGGGCCCCAAACUAAGGAUGAUUUCAAUGCCUAAAUAAAACAAACAAAAAAUAAGUAGUUGUCCAGGGGCCUCGGCCUCCAGGGGCCCACUGACAUGAACUGAAAAUGUGAAAUCUCUUUAAGUUCUGGGUUCUAAUAUAAAUAUCCAAAGACACAACCCAAGACUUUUAUUUCUGGUUUCUGGAAUAAAUUCUCAAACAUAAACUCCCAGAUUUUUGUCAUCAGACUCUUCUUAGGACUUCAAACAAAGAAUAAUUUAAAAUGCCCAAAUAAAAACAAGUCAAAACUAGUUUGUUAUGGGCCCCUCAGCUGCCAGGGGCCCACUGAAAAGAAGUGAAAAUGUGAGCUCUAUUUAGAUUCUAAUUUUAGCAAGUUUUCCUUCAAGACGUGUGUUUUAAGCUCUUCUGUAGGAGUUUUAAAAUGGCAAAUUAAUAACGAAGUAAACACCUCGGGCCCCUUUGACGUGAACAGAUAAUGUGAACUCACUUUGGACUAAACAUUCAUUGAUACUUGAUGUCUUUGUUUUAUUAUAAAUCUAGCAUAAAAACGAGUUUGUUAUGACAAUAAAAAGCACUUUAAAUGUU